GAAAGUCUGUGAACGUCAUUCACCUCCAUGGGAUACAUAUUCACUGAAACAGUCAUGUGCAGAUCUCAUGAUACGGCUUGCUCGGUUGUUCUCCGAGGUAUAAGAGCAUUCUCAGCAUUAACCGGUGACUGAUCAAUCGAAUAAAGAACCGAAGAUGGGACGCAAGGAGCAGCAGCUUAUUCAUGGUAUUUGGUUGCAUCGGGGUCGUAAGUACCAAAGCCCGUCGCAAAGCGCGGGGCUUUACGAUAGCUGUCGUCCCCUGACCUUACGUUCUGUGCCGUCCCAUCCAUAAGAUCAGCGGCUACGCUGUGGACGACGUGGCUUACGGAGCUUGUCUAGGCCAGUUGACGCUACCUGUGGACUGAAUACCUGUUACAGGUUCUCGAAUGAAACCAAUUUUACGCCAACCCAAGUUGUCUCAUCUAUGCAGUGGAGGCCUCAGAGCACAACCUGUGAACACUCAAAAGGCCCCUUACACAUUGCUAUCAUCAGACCGAUGUCAUAACAUCACACAGCGAAUGGCCAGGUUAAACAGCGGUAGCCCUGGCCUUUGCAAGGGGCAAAGGAAUGGGCAGGAAGACCUCGUCGAGUGCGAGCACCCAAUAAGACAUCCGUACGCCCUCUCGCUCCUCAAUAGGGCAAUUUCUCAAUGUGACGGAUGCUGCUACUGCACCUCGUUAAUUGGCUACCGUGGCCUUGAUUCAAACCAGGCUAUGCAGUCUCGGUCCUUUUGGGGCGUAUUCCUGCGUUACGAUCUGUCACCACCGGCUCUUCUGGAAACCCCAUUAGGCAGGCCAGAAAUUGAUAGCAAUUUGUUUUUCAGAUUAAAUCCAGUGCGCCAAUUUCUUGUCACAUGGAUGGCCACCUCCCAAGACGCUGUAUUUCGUGAUUCUCUCUGAGCUGGCGUUCGCAUUUCAUGACACUGUUGUCGGAAACCCCGAGAUUACAGAUUGCUCUAAUUCACUCACUAAACAGAUUCCUUUGUGAUAAUU